GUGUUGUUCGUACCAGAUUUUUUUCUUUGAAAUUCUUUUUUGAAAAAUAUCACAAUAUGUCACAUCUAAAGACAAUAGUAAUAGUGAUAGAAGAGUAACUUUGAACAAUCAAUAAUCUUACUUCAUAUAAUUACUGCUCAUGGGUCUUACUAUCCAUUAUUUAAAUUGGAAAGUGGAAAUUUUGUAAAAUCCAAGUGAGUUACACCAAAGUCUUAUCAUUGUGUUAUAACCUAACUCAACAAUCUAAUGUAAUCAAAAAGGCAGUGAUUCCACGCUCAUAUCGACUCAAUACAACAAAUAAAUAUUAAAAACAAAAUACUAUGAGCUCGCUUGGACUAACUUGUGCAGACUAAAACCUCUCGCAAUGAAACUUCCCAACAACUAAUGUUUGGCAUAAAUGUUGUUCAAAUUGUAAUUCUUUCUUUUGAGAUGAACGAUCAACCAAGUUAUCUGAACCAUAUAGGUUCCUCCAUGGCCUCCUAAAACGCUCAAUCAUCACGAUCACUUAAAUUAUGUGAAGUAAAUUAAAAUAAUUCAUAAUAAAAAUUCAUAAUAAGAAAUAAAUAAAAAAGCUUUUGAUUUUUCAAAUUAAUGAAAAUGAAUCAUAAUCAUAUAUUUUGAUAAAAAUAAAAUUUUAAAAAUUAAAACUUUUGAUUCACUUUGAGUGAUACUCACAAAUAAACAAUAAUUAUUAAAAUACUAUAGUAACAUUAUCACGAUUAGGAUAAAAAUUAUGGAUAACAAAAUUGAAAUCAUGUGAUACAAUUCUAAAUCUUAAGAUGAAACAAAACACAACUUUUUCAGUACACAGAUUUAUAGCCACCCUACACUAAUUAGAAAUCCAAAAAAAAAAUCAAAAUUCUAGUGUAUUUACCAUUAAUGAACACCAGGGGAAGAUAAUGCGAUAAUGAUGAAAAAGAACUACUUCCUGAAAAACCUUCAAGUAAACCCAUGGCUGGAAAGUCGAAGAGGGGUUGCUGGAAGGAAAGGCCUGGUGAUAGGAGCUUACGAAACAUGCACCGAUGGCGAGUACAAAUUGACUCCAGAAGGGGAGAAGCUGAACGGCCAGAUUCAGGGAAAACUGACUGAACUGCUGAAAGACUCAGGUAUUAAAUUUGGAAAGGCGGCGCUGUAUCAUGGAAUAUGCGAUUACUACUCCACGGUAAUAGCCGGCCUAGGGCUGGAAAACACGGGAUACAACGAAACCGAGGUUCUUUAUGAAAAUCGCGAGAACAUAAGAUGGGCAGCAGCUCAAGGAGUUCUAAUGCAGCAAAAUCAGGAUGUGUCGUGUGUCUGUAUGGACCCAAUGGGCUGCCCAGAAGCUGCGGCAGAAGGAUCUAAAUUGGCAAAUUGGAGUUACCAAGAACUGAGGGACCCUGAGAACAGAAUUCCACAUCCUGAUAUAGACCUCCUUGCUAAUUGCACUGAGGGAGAAAAAGAAGGCUGGUUUAAAGGAUGUGUGAUGGCAGAUGGGCAAAACGUCGCACGCACGCUUGAAGACAUACCAGCUAAUAUCAUGACUCCCAAGUUUUUCGCUGAGGAGGCAAUCCGGAUAUUGUGCCCCUGCGGUGUUCACGUUAGCGUGCGGAACAUGAAGUGGAUCGAGGACCAGAGGAUGUUCGCCUUCUUGAACAUGGCCAAGGGCUCCUGCGAACCCCCGUACUUCUUGGAGAUCAACUACUGCGGAGGGUCGGAGACCGACCGCCCGGUGUUGCUCAUCGGGAAGGGCGUCACCUUCGACUCUGGAGGUAUCUGCCUCAAGACCUGCAUUCCGCAGGAGACUUACACCCUCGACAUGGCCGACUACAGGGGGGCCAUGAAUGGCGCCGCCGUCGUCGUAGGAACAAUUAAAUCCUUAGCUAGGCUCGGUAUUCCCAUUAACGUCGUAGGCUUAAUACCACUAUUCGAAAAUAUGCCGAGUGGAUCUGCUCUAAAACCAGGCGAUGUUGUACUAACCCUCAAGGGCAAGACGAUAGUUGUUGAAGACACUGACAACGAAGGGCGUCUCGCCCUAGCCGACGCUCUUGCAUACUCGGAGCACUUCCAGCCCUGUUUGGAUGUCACCAUUGGCAACCUAGCACCGGGAGGCAAAUGGUCGCUUGGUUCGGGCGCCACACCGGUCUUUUCGUCCUCUCAAAUAGUCUGGGACGAAAUGAAGAAGGCUGGGUCAAUGACUGGUGACAGGGUGUGGAGGUUUCCUUUGUGGAAGCAGUACGUGGAUCGUGUGAGGAUGUGCAAACAUGUGGACAUGUGUAACACGGGUAAAGGAUUUCCAACUGCCAAUUCAUGCUUAGCUGCUGGUUUCCUUUCUGAGUUCGUGCCGGACUGCGACUUCGUGCACUUGGACACGGCGGGGACGGGGAUGAAGACCCGCGGGCUGUACGCCCCCUACCUGAGGGGGGGCUUCAUGACCGGGCGGCCUGUGCGGACCGUGGUCCAGUUCCUCAUCAACAUGGCCUGCCCCCUGGAUUCCACCACCAAAUGCUCAAAGUAGUAUGUUGAGUACCAUCCACCGUCAACCUAUAAGAUAUUUAGUGCUUUUAUUUCAAUGUCUUUAAUGCAGUGAUUUUAUUAAACAACAAUAAUGAUUUUUUAGUAGUUUUUUAUUAUUUGUUUUAAUGUUA